AUGAUGUCGGACACUCUACUUCCUGGUCAACCCAUUCCUCUGCCCAAAGGUCCCACACCUAAACUUGGAACUGGAAUAUAUACGAAGGAUUCGCAAGCAAGGGCAAGUCUGGUGGGUAUUACGACCUACCAAGGAUCUACGCUGACUAUUUCGCGUGUACGACCUCACCCACCCUCUCCCAACUCUAUUGUGCUCGGCUCGAUCACACGAUUAUCCCCAUCGCAAGCACUGCUGUCAAUAUCAGUUGUCGAUGGAGUUCCAUUACCACCCGGAGAAGAAUUCACUGGCGUUAUUCGUUCGCAAGAUGUCAGAGCGACAGAAAAAGACAAAGUCAAAAUUGGAGCUUGCUUCAGGGGAGGAGAUGUAGUCCGUGGUCUUGUUAUUUCUCUGGGAGAUGCACGAAGUUACUUCGUUACGACGGCACGAAACGACCUUGGAGUGAUUUUUGCGACAAGUGAAGCUGGUGCAACGAUGGAACCAGUUUCAUGGCAGGAAAUGCGGUGUCCCAAGACCGGUAAUAUCGAGAAACGCAAAUGUGCUAAACCUGAAGGUCUAUGA